AUGUGGCGAACACAUCUGCAUGCUCCUCUUUUCCUAGCCGUCCUGUUGCCGUCACGUGUACUGUCGAUGUGCUCGAAUAGCUGCAGCAGACGGGGAGACUGCAACCCUUUUGGAAGAUGUGAUUGCUGGGCCGGAUGGGGUGGGGCCGAUUGUUCGGAACGCAUGUGCGCGACCGGAAUUGCGUGGAGUGACCGGGCAACGGCCACCGAUACUGCUCACGGUGUCGUGGAGUGCUCCAACCGUGGCGAAUGCGAUCGUGCGGUGGGGAGGUGCAAAUGCAUGACUGGGUUCUCCGGGUCCGCGUGCGAAAGGAGCAGCUGCCCGCGGGGUUGCUCAGGUCAUGGCCACUGCAGGAGUUUGUCCGACUAUGCGCAAGACUACCGGGGCGACGAUUCGAUCCAGUACCUGUACGAUGACGUUUGGGAUAGUGAUAAGCUUCACACUUGCGUUUGCGACACCGGCUAUCACGGGUUCGACUGCGCCUUGCGUAGCUGUCCGACAGGGGACGAUCCACUCACUACUGGUCAAGUUAACGAAAUUCAACUUGUUGUGUGCGAGGCUACCGCGGGCUCAUUCGUGCUGUACUACGAAGGCUAUCCCACGACAGAUAUAUUGUAUGACGCCAGCGAGGCGGAUAUCGAGUCUGCCUUAUCGGCAAUUCCAGAUAUCCAGGGUGUAAACGUUGAGUUUUCAAUCCCUCUCAGUGGGGCUUGUAGCUCUACCGCCAUCAACGUCAUUCAGGUGGAGUUCUUGGGCAACUUCGGUCCCCUUCGGCCAAUGUGGUCGUUCAAUGCUCUCACUGCAGGCUCCGUGACGACCCUCACCAUCGUUGCAGACGGCAGUUCAAUCUACGAUUCAGACGCGAUCGGGUAUACCUCUGUCAAGGGGACGAAGGAGAAUGAAGAUUGUUCCAAUCGAGGGAUAUGCGAUACCCAAGAGGGCAUUUGCGAGUGCUUCACCUCAAACGACGACAUUUUUGCGAGCAGUGACGGGUACAACGGCCCGGGAACACGCGGAGAUUGUGGAUACCAGGUUACUACCACGGCUGGAUGUCCGGGAGAGAUCGCAUGCAGCGGUCAUGGCACCUGCGACGAGAGCGAUUUCACGUGCAAUUGCAACGAUGGUUGGACCGCCGGAGACUGCUCCUUACGCGCUUGUCCGUAUGGCUGGAGCUGGUUCAGCUACCCGAGUGCUGAAGACAAGGCUCACGAUAAACGCACCGAAUGCUCUGAUGGUGGAUUCUGUAACGGCGAGACGGGAGCUUGCGAAUGUGCAGAUCUGUUUCACGGCGCUGCUUGCGAGUAUAUGAUAUGUCCAGGGGGCACCACGGACGCGUGUCAUGGCCACGGGCGUCAGUUUCAUAACAACCAGAGCGUGCGUGCAGUUCUCAACAAACUGAAUAUCUGGCUACGUACGACUUUGAACCGGUCAAGCUUGGCAACUACAGCCCUCUUUUUGUGUAUGUCGGAUAGGUGUAUGACAAUGGCCGAACUGGCCACGUUUGCUGAAGACAACGGUGAUGCUACGGACUACACAUACGGGGAGGAUCCUAAUGAAGGCUCUACCUGGGAUGCGCACCGAAUAUUCGGGUGCUACUGCGACGACGGCUAUUCAGGAUACGACUGUUCUGAAAGAGUAUGCCCUGUAGGAGAUGAUCCUGGAAGCUGGGGGCAGGAGCCUGAAGUUCAAACCAUGACGUGCCAGGCCACGAACGGAACAUUCACGCUCACCUUUCGGCAGGCCGAGACGGAGCCAAUCCCAAGAAAUGCCUCAAGUGAGGACCUUAAAGAAACCCUUGAGGCGCUGGCUACAAUAGAUGUUGUUUCAGUAGCGUUCGAGACGGGGGACACUGUGUGUCAAGACGAUGGGUCCGAGGUUGCCUCCGUCACGUUCGUUACCCAGCAUGGAGACGUGCCCCUCCUCAUGGUGGACGCGUCGCUUUUGGUUGACGACAGCAACGGCGGGGCGCCUGGGAGCGGGAACGUUACCGUUGUAGAGGGUGUUCAAGGAACGACGGAGGAAGAGACCUGUUCAAACCGUGGGCUAUGUGACAGGCACACGGGAGAAUGUUCCUGCUUUCCAGGAUGGUCGAGCAGUAACGGGGCGGGAGAAAUUGGGGACAGGUCGGACUGCGGCUAUCGGGUGCCUAUGACCACGCAUCUCAGAGGCUCAAAAUCACGGGGGGAGUCAACCGUGGCGAAAUCGGUAUUGCCUCAGGGAGAGUCGACCAACAAGUAUAGUGACUUGUCGGUGAUUGCGGCGCAGUCCAAGUUGGAGGCGUUAGCACGGCAGAAAGAGAUGCUGGUCGCAGCUCAGCAACAUUAA